UAUGAGUUAAAUUGAGAUGCAAUAGUUUGAUCAAGAUAGAGUACCUGAUGAUGAGAGGGAAGAUGAUUUUAAAAAUUUAAUAGCUAUUCUGGCUGGAAAGAUUUAACUUAAAACAGUUGAACCUGGGAUAUUAGGUAGAUUAGAUCAUUUAGAAAAUUAUUAUGAUCUUCUACCUUUCAAUGUCAGAGGAUUUAGACUUAUAAAUAGAGCAAGUUUAUUGAAUGGAGAUUUUUCAAAGAGAUACAUAAUAAAAUAAAUAAUAGAUUUGAAUUUAGAUCUUGAAAGUGUUUUUUCAUAAUUUAAAUAGAUGAUUUUAGAAAGCAUUAUUUAAUAGAUACAGCUGUAAAAAUGGUAGAAGGGGUGCCAACUUGGUCAUUCUUUGUUAGUUUAAUUUUGUUAACUUUAUUUUUGUUAUAAGUUUGUUUAGAUUCAAUGUUAUAUAAUCUUUUAGUUAUGAAACAUGAUUCUGUGUAGAAUGAAUAUGAUAAUACUACAGGACCUACUGCUAAUGAUGAGUAUAAAACAUCUAAUUUACUUAAGAUAAACUUUACAUGAUUUGAAAGAAGAAUUAAUUGCCAUUUGGUUCUUAUAUAUACUGAUCCCAUUUAGAUUGGGAUUAUGGAUGAUAGAUUUAGUAAUACGUUACAUAGGUUUAAGAUAUUUUAGAAAAGAAUAUUCAACUUUAGCUAUGUUUUUUGAUUUUCUAUUGGGAUUAUUGACAAUAAUAAUAGUUGGUUUUUCAACAAGAUUAGAUUAUAGUUUGAGAUCUGACACUGCUUAAACUUAAGUCGAAUUAGUAAUUUAAUAAAUUAUUAUUUAAGAUCAUUAGAAAUCUAGUUAUCUUCUUAAUUUUUUUAGCAGGUAUGAUAUAAUCAAAAAAGGCCAUGGAUUUAACCAAGAGAUUAUGUUUAUUAUUUAAUUAAAGGAAAGUUUCAUGUUGUAAUUUUAUUAGUUUUUGA